UACUGACUCAUGAAGGACUGAAAAAAUGUCUGGAAGGUGCUCUGUUUAUAAGGUUAAAGAUGCCCAAGCACACUGCAAGUACGACGUGAAUGAGCCAAAAUCAUAUAACCUAUAUAAAGAAUGAAAAGCUGGAUUAUACUGCUGGCUAUUGUAGUCAGCACAGCAGAAACACAAAACCAGGACAUCUGUACCCAAGGGUAUCCUGGCAUCCCCGGCAAUCCUGGACACAAUGGCAUACCUGGUCGUGACGGACGUGACGGUUCAAAAGGCGACAAGGGAGAUACAGGUGAAGCAGGAUAUCCUGGCAGUCCAGGCAAAGAUGGUGCAAAUGGAGAGAAAGGCGAACAAGGAGCCAAAGGCACUGUGGAAGAGAAGGGGAACAAAGGAGAUAAAGGAGAAAGAGGACGACCUGGGAAACUGGGUCCAAAAGGAAUUAUCGGGUCAGUGGGUUACAAAGGUCAGAAGGGAGAGCUGGGACUGCAAGGACAAAGGGGCUUAAAAGGAGACAUUGGGCCCAUAGGUCCAAAAGGGACAAAGGGUGAAAUUGGCCACCCUGGAAGAGUUGGUUUCCCAGGGCCAAUUGGCCCAGCUGGAAAUCCAGGUCCUAAAGGUAAUGCUGGAGAUCUGGGGCCACAGGGUAACCCAGGAGUUCAGGGGGAAAGAGGCUUGAAAGGAGACAGAGGAGAUAAGGGGAAUGUAGGUGCCCCAGCAGUCCUGCCAAGGAGUGCUUUCAGUGUUGGCCUUACAACUGCCACCAAAUUCCCCCCCCCGAAUCGUCCGAUCAAGUUUGACAAGGUGCUGUAUAAUAGUCUGAAUGACUACAACUCAGUUACUGGCAAAUUCACCUGCAAAUAUCCUGGUGUUUACUAUUUCACCUACCACAUCACUGUCUACUCAAGGAACGUCCGAGUAGCUCUAGUUAAAAACGGCAUCAAGAUGCUGCACACAGUGGACAGGUACCAGAGUGGUGAGGACCAGGCCUCGGGAGCUGCCAUUCUCGAGCUACAGGGAGGAGACGAGGUGUGGCUGCAGGCUCACCAAGGAGAGACUUUCAACGGGCUGUUUGCAGACGCUGAUGAUGAUACCACCUUCUCGGGGUUCCUCCUGUUCAGCACCUCUCACCUGCUGGAGCCGCUGCCGUCGCCUGCCGCAUAACUCCACGUUACCUGUGAAUGCUGGACGUCUGUGUCCUUCAGCCCUCCCUAAUAAAGUUGUUAUCUGCUGGCCAAUUUC